UUUUAAUACAGAUUCAUUUUUAUUUUUAUUAAAAUAAAGUAAAUUACAACUAAGCAUUGUUUAAAAUACUGUUAAAAUGGUUAGUCAGAUUUCGAUUUCCUUAGUAGUUUUACUUCUUUCUGGUCUGAAAUAUCAUGCAACUGCACCGACCGCAUUCCCAGAUGACUCACCUAUAGAUAACUUACCUGAAGAUGAAGAAAAUACUUGUAUAUGUGGCAUGUGGUAUGCUGUUAUGGCAACUGGUACUAGCAAUGACGAUCCUUGCAAUAUUUUUACAAAUAAUUUAAGUCCAUGUGAGUGUAUGUCAGCAUAUAUUGUUACUCUUCAAUCUUAUGGAUUUUUGGUAUACACAAAUGCAUUUGACAACCAAUCUUCACUAUUAACAAUCGAUAUGGGAGGUAUAUCGCAAUCGCAAUCGGAGGAUAGUUCUUUAAUAAACGGGUUUACAUAUAGUCGAGUCAUAGUGCAAUUAAGCGCACUAAAAGGAAAAUAUUAUGUUUCUGAAAAAGUUAGUGGAACAGAAAAUUUUAUGAAUUUGGAAUUAGAGAUUAUGGCCUUGAAUGAGAAAAACUUUUACAUGAUCACUCAAGUUACAUUAAGCUCUGCAAGCGAUCCAUUAAUAAUUGUUUGGAGUCGUAAGAAAACGCCUGGCAAAUAUUCUACGUGGAAACAAAUCUUAAAUCAGCUAUAUGAACUUAAUAUAAAUCCACAUGAUUUGAAAUUUAUUAAUCAAAUUGGUUGCAAGUAUCCUUCACCAAAUCAAUACAACGAAAUGUUCUUUUGUGUUAAUUAGAUGGUACAUUUAUUUAAUAUUUAUUAAUUAUAUAAAAAAUGCGUUGA